AUGUUUGUCAAAUUUUAUUUUUGGAGAGCAACACUGGUGGCAAUUUACCAUUUUCUCGUGUGAUGUGUUCGGGUAUUUUAUACCUGUAUUUUAUCGUAAAUUCUGUUUCUUCGUCGUUUUAGUAAUAUUUGAACAUAAAACACAUCUAAAUGGCGCUUAACCCACAGUACGAUGCUAUCGGAAAAGGAUUCGUACAGCAAUAUUACACAUUGUUCGACGAUCCGGCACAACGACCAAAUCUGGCAAAUAUGUACAACGUGGAGACCUCUUUUAUGACGUUUGAAGGAGUGCAACUACAAGGUGCUGUAAAAAUUAUGGAAAAAUUAAAUGGAUUGACAUUUCAAAAAAUUGGUAGAUUAAUAACUUCUGUGGAUUCACAACCUAUGUUUGAUGGUGGAGUGUUAAUUAAUGUCCUCGGGAGGUUGCAGUGUGACGACGACCCUCCACAUCCAUACAUGCAGACCUUUGUACUGAAGCCACUUGGAGAUUCAUUCUUUGUCCAGCAUGACAUAUUCCGCCUCGGCAUUCAUGACGUAGCUUAACUUCCAAAUAAAUCACAACUUCAAUAAUAACGAACAAGGUCGUACAUAAGUACUUGGUAUGAACCACAAGCUAUAACAAAUCUUGUUUUGGUUAUCUAGGUAUAAGUAAUAUGCAAUCAAUUGCCUAUUUGUAAAUUCUAAUUAUUAUAUGACAAUUGUGGUUUAGGCAACAACUAUUACAAGGUUGAUGGGUAUAGAUCUCAUUUGUUUUUAUUAACAAGUAAUGCAUUUCAUUAUUUAAGUAUCUUGCUUUACCUAUUGAUGUUGCAAUAGUUUGUUUGCUCUGAGGCUACUUUCAUUUUGGUAUUUGUUUGGGCUUGAAAUUACUAAAAUUGCUAUAGUUAUAGUAAUGGCAAUUUUUUUCUCAGUUACAUGUAUACAUUUUAUAAUACAUAUAAUUUUUUAAA